GCAACACUGAGCCGUUUGUCUUGCGCCCGUCCUCCACUUGCCGACCUGCUGCAUGCUCCACUAUGGCUCCUCUUCGCCCAAUCCCGGUUACCAUCAUAACUGGCUUCCUAGGAUCGGGAAAGACGACCCUCAUCCUCAACCUCAUCCCCCAGCUACCCAAGUCCUACAAGCUUGCCCUCCUCAAGAAUGAGUUUGGUGAUGUCGCCGUCGACUCGCAGCUCGCCUCGUCCUCUGCCAUCUCCGGCGUGCAGGAGCUUCUUAACGGAUGCAUCUGUUGCAACCUCGUCGGCCAGCUUUCUGAUACCCUGGAAACCCUCUCUCGCGACGUAACACCCGACCGUAUUAUUAUCGAAACUUCUGGCUCCGCAUUUCCAGCCACUUUGGCAAUGGAGGUGAACCGCAUUGCCGAAAAGACCGGAGGAUAUGUGCUGGAUGGAGUCAUGAGCGUUAUUGAUGUCGAGAACUGGAAGGGCUACGAGGACACAAGCCUUACGGCCAAACUACAGGCCCGGUAUACCGAUCUGAUUGUGUUGAAUAAGUGGGAGCUUGUCGACGAACGCAAGCUCGAAGACUGUGAGGAUCGCAUCCUGGACCUUGAGGUUGAUCCACCGACGCCGAGAUCGAAGAGCGACAAGGGCUGGGUGAACAAGGACAUAGUGUUUGGUCUGGAUGCCAAGCUGGCCAAACUGGUCGACAGCGAACAUGAACACCACCAUGAUCACGACCAUCAGAGCGAAGUCGAGGUCCUGUCGGUAACCUUGUCGUCGCCGGCCGAGAGGCUGGGCAUCGACCUCGCGAGGUUUGAGAAGUUGCUCGAAGAAGCUUCCAAAGAUGAAAUCUAUCGGAUCAAAGGGAUCUUAUAUGCCUCAUCUGCUCCUCGGUCUUCCAUGGAAAACAAACCAAAAGAGUUUGCAGCUGGCCUGGCUGUGGGUGCUCCUUCUCGGUAUAUUUUGAACUGGGCAUUUGGACGUUGGAGCUUCACGCCUGCACCAUUUGACUCUGCAAAUCCAACGUUGAGAAUGACAGUCAUCACCGCCCGGUACGAAUCGUCGAAAUGGCAGAAGCGACUUGAGGCUGGCGAGUUCACUACAUUAGAGCAUGGCAGCGUAGGUUCUUUGAGCGUGAAGAGAGUCACAUAA